CCAAAAAAUCUGCCAUUGCAGCUUCCUGCCAAACUGAAGCGCUCCACCACACCAGCCACGCCCCAUCCUGAUUUCAUCCCGCCCCUAGUGGCUCCGGAUCCGCUCCGCCCCGCCUUCCCGCGCUGCUGACGGCAGUCCUGGACUGUGUCUGUGGCAGAGCGGGAGCGCGCGGGCUCGAGCUGCAGGGAGUCGGUCUCAUCUGAACUCCGUGGCUCUUCCGUCAGAGGAGGUGCGAUGAACGAGGGGGAGGGGCAGUUCUACAGCGUGCAGGUGGGCGACUCCACCUUCACCGUGCUGCGCCGCUACCAGCAACUCCGUGCCAUCGGCUCCGGAGCCCAGGGCAUAGUCUGCUCUGCUCUGGACACAGUUCUGGGCAUUCCGGUGGCGGUGAAGAAGCUCAGCCGGCCCUUCCAAAACCAGACCCAUGCCAAGCGGGCUUACAGAGAACUCGUGCUGCUCAAGUGCGUCAACCACAAAAAUAUCAUCAGGCUCCUCAAUGUCUUCACGCCCCAGAAGUCACUGGAGGAGUUUCAGGACUUGUACCUGGUGAUGGAGUUGAUGGAUGCCAACUUAUGCCAAGUGAUCCACAUGGACCUGGACCACGAGAGGAUGUCCUACCUGCUCUACCAGAUCUUGUGCGGGAUUCGGCACCUGCACUCGGCCGGCAUCAUUCACAGGGACCUGAAGCCCAGCAACAUCGUGGUGAAGUCUGACUGCACGUUAAAGAUCUUGGACUUCGGGCUGGCCAGGACAGCCUGCACCAACUUCAUGAUGACCCCCUACGUGGUGACGCGAUACUACAGGGCGCCUGAGGUUAUCCUGGGCAUGAAGUACAAGGAAAACGUGGACAUCUGGUCUGUGGGGUGCAUCAUGGGAGAGAUGGUCAAGGGCAGCGUCAUCUUCCAGGGCACCGAUCACAUCGACCAGUGGAACAAGGUGAUCGAGGUGCUGGGAACUCCAUCGCUAGAGUUCAUGAGCCGCCUCAUGGAGACAGUGAGGAAUUAUGUGAUGAACAAGCCGCAGUACCCCGGUGUCAGCUUUACGGACCUUUUCCCCGACUGGGCGUUCCCGUCCGACUCGGAGCACGACAAGCUCAAAACUAGUCAAGCUCGGGACCUGCUGUCCAAGAUGCUCGUGAUCGACCCGGAGUGCCGGAUCUCGGUGCAGGAGGCACUGAACCACCCCUACAUCCAUGUGUGGUACGACCCUGCGGAGGCCGAUGCGCCCCCACCGCAGAUCCCAGACAAACAGCUGGAGGAGAGGGAGCACACAAUUGAACAGUGGAAAGAACUCAUUUAUGAAGAAGUGAUGGACUGGGAGGAGAGGAACAAAAACGGAGUGGUGAAGGAAGAGUGUUUCGAUGGAGCUGUGAACUGUAGUGCCACAAUCUCGCAGUCAUCCUCCAUCAACGACUUCUCGUCAAUGUCCACGGAGCAGACGCUGGCCUCCGAUACAGACAGCAGCAGCGUCGAUGCCCUCACGGGGGCAAUAGAGGACUGCCAAUGAGCUCACCCGUUCAGACUCGCUCUCUCUCUCGCCCACAUCUUACUGCCCUUCUCUCUUCCAUGCCGUUUUGCUCGCCUCUUGAGGACUGUGCCAUCUCCACACCCCCGGUGGUGGUCUUUCUGUUAACUAAGCGCUGGCGUGGAUGACUUGUACUGUGUGCUGGUACCGCUAGUCUCUGCACUACACGUUAUGGCCGCGUUCCAUUUCCCGUGAUUCGUGUGCAGGUGAGGUCGGACAAGCGGUCGCACUCCAUUCAGCUGAGUAUUUGAACGGAGCUAAUCUAGUCAAAUUCAGUAUCGCAGCAGGCAAAAAAAAAUUAAAAAAAAUUGGUCUUCUGUGCUUUUUAUUCGAUCUUCGGCUGGUGUUACACAGUGAACUUGUUAAACUGAGCUUCUUCAGCAGAGAGGAGGAGCUGUUACGCGUGCUGGGCGAUGGGGAGCCUGGCCGCUCGGCUCACUCUAAAGCAGUGCUGCCCUGAUGGUUUUUGGAUGUAAGCCCAUCUGUGCCAGAUUCCUCAGGCUGUUUGCUUGUGGCAGUGACUAUGCUGGGCUUUUUCGACCCCUCGAGUAACUUCGGAAAAUAGCAGUGAGUGUGAGACCAGCGGCAUCCAGUUGUAUACUAGCUUACUCUUAAAGAUCACUCACAUGAAGCCUUAGCUUUCAGUUACUCAUUCAAAGGUUUCUUCCUGAUGUAGCCAAACCAGCAAGAAACACAGUGACGCGUAGUACUGAAACAGGAACUGACUUCUGCUAAGUCUCGGAGGCCUCCACUCCAGUAUUAUUACCUUAAUAUAACAUAAUACUCUAUUACUAUGUUAUUACCUGUUUUUUUUCUCUGUUAUUCUGUUGGAAGUGAUUCAGUUGGAGAUGAGCCAGUCAAAUCAGAAACAAAACCUCUGGCCUGUAGGUAAAUAUAGAAUUAUUUCUUUCAAAGUGAUGUUACAGUGACAAAAUGACGGCUCACUAGAGUGCCUACAGCAUCUCGAGUUUGUAACUCUACCCACAGGAUACAUAAAUUGGAAAACUCGUUGCAUCACCUGGUAAAGUUUCCAACCCAUUUUAUUCGGGACAUUUUGAACUUUCAGAUAUGAAAGUUGAACUGUCAAUUCAUAACAGUAAGGCAAUGAAAAAAAUCUGUAGUCGCAUAAGUUAUACCCCAUUUAAGCAUGCAUAGGGUUACGGCAAUACCAGUUAUAGAAGUAAUAGGAUUCGUGAGAAAAUUAUUGGGGUAAUUUUGGUGCACAUGUUUACACACAUUUGUACAGUUAUUAUAAUUCUGGAUUUGAUGCUCUUGAAUAUUAAGAGGCAUGGACUUCAUACCUCUUACAUAUCCAUAUACAUACAUAUCCAUUUGUUUAUUCUAUAUAAAAUAUGUUUAUGUAAAAUGAUUAAUAUCUGUCUAUCUAGUCCCUG